AAUAGGUUAAACAGAUUUGCAUCGAUACAGUUGUAUGUAAUCUUAACCUCCCAAAUAAUUUGGUGAACUGAAUUGAGUUUCUAAAUGGGAAAGGCAAGGAGUAGCAUUGACGAAACCUACAAGGAGCUUCUUCUAGCAGAAUAUCACAGCAGUACGGAAGAAGAAGAGCAAAAAUGGAGCUUCCAAGUUAUGGGGGUUCCUGCACCCCCAUUUGAGGAUGAACAGAAACAGCCCAAUCCAAUCAAUCCUUACAUUCUGCAAGAAUCCCCGCCGUCAAACGAUCCAAUGGAGAAAAGAGUCAAGGGUUUCAACAAACUGUCAAAGAAGGCGGAGAAUUUAGUGUCAAAUGCUUGGAAGAAGGCUGAGAAUCUGGCCUCAAAUGUGUGGGUUAACUUAAAAACAGGUAAAAGCGUGCCAAAGGCAGCAUUGGGGAAGAUGAGCAUGGCGGCAAAGGCGCUGAGAAAAGGAGGAUUCAAAUCUCUGUAUAAACACACAUUUCAUGUCCAACCCCACGAAAAAUUACGAAAAACCUACGCCUGUUAUUUGUCGACUUCGACUGGUCCAGUGGGCGGAACCCUCUUCAUUUCAACGCAUAAUGUUUCAUUCUGCAGCGACCGCCCGCUUUCCUUGCUUCUUUCCUCAGGGAAAAAACACUGGGCUUACUACAGAGUGGCGAUACCGGUGGCGAAGGUGAAGGCUGUGGAAUCGUCGGUGAGCAUGGAUGAUCCUGCGAAAAAGUAUAUUGAGGUGGUAACUGUAGACGAUCACGAGUUCUGGCUUAUGGGAUUCAUUAAAUACCACAAAGCUCUGAAUAGCCUGAGUUACUGUCUUUCAUUGCUGGAUGAUGUUUCCUGAUUUUAUGGGCAUGUAUGAUAUCAUUUUUUCAGAGCCUUACUGGCGUAUUGACCGCUGGUUUUACCGGGGUGUGUAAGGAGCGGGUCAUGUAAUGUAAUUCGUGUUAUAUAAGUCUUGUAUUCAAAAUAAUUGAUUGUAGAUGUCUAUUAUUGUAAAGAUAGGUUUCUUCAAAAUCUAUUUUAUUUUUAAAAAAAAAAUAUCAUUUUCAAAAUUCAUAUAAUU